UUCGAAACAUGAUGAGCACGAAGAUUGGCCACACAGUGCUGGCAUGGCUGGUCCUUGCGACGGUGGUGUCGUCCAUGUUCAGUCACGACCAAGUGUGCGAGCCCAAGUCUACCAUUUGCAAGCCGAAGCGGGGUGUUAAGACUGUGCUAUCGCCUAAGAAGAAGUAUAAGGUGUGGGCCAACGGGUGUGGCACCGACAGCAUCGGGUUCCAGCUCAUGGGUGACGAGAACUUGGACUUUACCGACUGUUGCAACUGGCACGACGCGUGCUAUGGCAUUUGCGGCAUCUCGAAGACCUUGUGCGAAAAGAAGUUUUCCAAGUGCAUGAAGGACAAGUGUGCGUUGGAACCCACCACAGAACUGCAAAAGUCGUGCGGCACAACGGCCGAGUUGUACGCGAUGGGGCCCAACAUGAUGGGCUGCCCCGCCUUCACUGCGGGACAGAAGGAAGCGUGCGAGUGCGUGGACGAGUCCAAGGCUGCCACGAGGAACCGCAACCGACUUGAGCACUUUCUAGCAACUCAUGCGCGAGACGGCGCAGAAGCGGAGGACGUCGACGCGCUGCUGGCCAAGUACAAGGGCAAGGAACCGGUCAUGUUUUUGCGGCUGUUGGCCAAGUACCCCGAAGCAUUGACUUUGAAGAAGGCCCGCGUGAGCGACACGGACAAGGUGUUUGAGUCGCUCAAGAAGCACAAACAAGAGAAGGCAAAGGCGGACGAGCACAACGACGUCGAAGCGCACAUUGAAUUGUAAUAGCGCAGUAUAUAGUGUUGUGCUAUAUAUAACGGUACAAGAUCUUUUGACAGCUUGUUCUACGCGA